CCCAGUCGGACUGUAACGAGCAUCGAGUGCAGUUCAGCUUCAUUAGACUUUCAAGCGCUUGACAAAAGAAAAAACAUUUCAAACAACAUUCGUGAUGAUUGUGGUGACACCAUUAAGCAGCUGGACAUUGGCCAUCCUGAUGUGCUGGACAUAUAGCGGACACGGAUUGGUGAUGCGGGGUUUGGAGGGUCCGACACAGUCCGUCACCCGCGGCACAGACAUCAUCUUGCACUGCCGCUACGAUCUGGAAGACGGCGACCGUCUUUACGCCGUCAAGUGGUUCCACGGCACGCGGGAAUUCUACCGCUUCCAACCAGAGUUGCAACCGCCGGCCCGAUCUUUCCCCAUAGAACAUGUCUACGUCGAUGUGGAGUCGUCCAAUGCAGAGAAACUUGUCAUACGCCAUGUUGUCCCCGGGACGUCAGGUAUCUACCGUUGUGAAGUAUCAGCAGAAGAGACUUUCGAAACAGACUACCGUGAGAUGAACAUUACGAUAGAAGACGCACCUACGGCCGACCCUGUCAUUUACAACAUCCAGUCACGCUACGCUAUCGACGAUGAGCUACGAAUAAAUUGCACAUCUUUCCAUUACGGACCAGCUUCACGUCUCCACUGGAUAAUCAACGGCCAAAUGAAGAGCGAUGACGACGAUGAGGUGACGCUUUACCCGACGCGGUGGCGGACGCCAUUGGCCGCCGCGGAUAGUCAAUUCGUCUCCGGAGCAACGCCGGAAGCUUCCACGACGAUAGGAUUACACAUCAAGAGAUUGACUGGGCAACAUUUUGGUAGCGGGAAUCAAUUGACGGUUGUGUGCACGGCAUCGUCAAUAGGCUCGGCUCACCGACGUUCCAGCGCCGUUAAAGCCGUUCUGGAUGAAGGACUAAGUAGCAGACAAGGGCCUCUAGUCAAUCCUUUGAGGCCGUCGACAGUCUCGACUGCGGCUGGCGAUAAGCGCCGAUCAGCUCAACACCCGACAGGUGGAUGUAGUGGGCUAGCAUCGAAUUUAGUUGCCAUCAUCUUAACAACAAUACAGUUGGCAUUGUUUCGAUGAUAACAACUACAUCACACACACACACACACACACACACACACACACACACAGCACCAAAUGCGAUCGCGAGAUGGACCUCACACCGGAUAUGGGACGAGCUGACCAAAAGGAGGAAACCGCCUGGGCGCGUUUGAAAGAGAGGAGGGGGACAGUGUGUGGAUUCAAUCUUCAUUACGAUGUUCAAUCAAGCGUUGCUGGCGCAAUAGCAAAGAAAACGAAGACUGGUUGGGUGUUGCUCGAGACGUUGAUGGAUUUGCUUUAUUUUUUUUUUUUUUCUGCUACAACUGUGUGAACCUCUACGCUGAAAUGGCUCCCACACCCACACGACAAAAUAAUAGAAACGGGCUGUAUUAAUGUUGAACUGGCCGAAAGCGCUUGGACUUUUGUAUAAUAGACUUGGCAAUCUCUCGUU